AUGAGGGGUAGUACUAUAAACGAUAUGGUGGACAGCUCAUUUGAUUAUAAAAGUGAUUAUUCUCGUGAAGACAAAAAUGAUUUAUCAUCUUCUGUAAAAAGCCUUUCUUCUAUAGAUGAAAUAAAUAUUAAGAAAAGAAAAGAUUGUACAUAUAAUACUUUUGACGAGAAUUUUUUUAAAUCCCAUUGUGACGUAGAUGAACACACUUACCAAGAAAGUUAUAUGAGUGAUAUUAACAAAAGGAAAAAUCUGCCUUCUUAUUUAAGCAAAACAAAAACAUUGGAAAAACGAGAUUCUUGUGAAGAUUAUAAAUUGAGAGGUAAUAAGAUGAAUAGCCUAAAAUGUGACAGGUUGAAUAGCUUGAGGAGUGAUAAAUUAAACAGCUUGAGGAGUGAUAAAUUAAACAGCUUGAAGAGUGAUAAAUUAAACAGCUUAAGGAGUGAUAAAAUAAAUAGCCUAAAAAGUGAUAGAUUGAAUAGUUUAAGGAGUGAUAAAAUGAAUAGCCUAAAAUGUGACAGGUUGAAUAGUUUGAGAAGCGAUAAAAUACAGAGCUUGAGAAGCGAUAAAAUAAACAGCUUGAGGAGUGAUAAAAUAAACAGCUUGAGAAGUGACCGUAUUCGUAGUUUAAAACAUUACAAAUUAAAGAAAGAAAAACGAAUUAAAGACGAACGGAUGAAAUAUAUUUAUAAGAGUUAUAGAUCUUGCCCAUUGAAGGAAACAGAAAAAACAGGUAUAUGGAUUAUCGAUACAGUAAAUGAGGCCUUAGAUAAUUUAUAUGAUAUGAAUGAAAAAGAUAGUUAUUUUAAGAAUAUAGAUAUAAUAGAAAGUGAAAUGGAAGAUAAGAACAAUAAAGAUAUGGAUGAGGUAAAUGAUUUAGAAGAUGUUCAUAUAUCAUGUAAGGAUAUAAAUGAAAAUAUGAAAAUAAAAUGGCCAGAUUUCUUAAAAUUAAACAAUCUUAUAUAUUAUAAUCAUAUAUUGAACAUUUAUGAAGGUAUAAGAAAUAUUUUUAAUAAAUAUGAAAAAGAAAAAAAAAAAAAUAAAAUAAAUGAAAACGGUGAUGAGAAAUAUGAUGAAGAAGAUAAUAUAUAUGAUGAUGAAAAUAGUAUUCAUGAGGAUCAUAAUAGAACAGAUGAAAAACAUAAAUACAAAGAUAAACAUAAGUUUAAAAAUAUUCUUAAUAAUAAUAUAUUAAAAAAUAAGUCUAAUAGAUUGUCUUUACCCAAAUUUCCAUACAAAGAUUUAAAAGAUCGUUGUAUAUCCAAAUGUUAUAAAAACUUACCAGAAAUACAUAUCAUCAAUGAUGAAAAUAAUAUGUCACAAAAUAUAAAAGAACAAGGGGAUGAUAAUGAGGAAUGUGAUGGGGAGUUUCCCAUUCAAUUUGUAUCACCUCCUGAAUUAAUUCGUGGUUUAAAAGAAAGAUAUAUUGAAUUUUGUGAUAUUAUAGGAGAUCAUUUAGAAUAUAUGGAAGAAAAUGGAAAGUAUAGUUUUAAAGAAUAUUGUAUGGAAGUUUCUAGGGUUUUUACGAACCAUAUUAUUGAUUUAGUAUCCUUAUCACAUGUACCUCAUUUUGUAUAUACGUUAUUGGAUAAUUUUCAAGGAUGUAUAAAAAAUUUGUCUUUUGAGAAAAUAAAUUUAAGAGACCCGAAUAGAAAACAAGAUCAUUUUGAUAAUGAAAGUGUGAAUCACAUAAUAAUACAACCAUAUAAAUGUAAUAUUAAUGAUGAUGAUAAAAAUUAUAAUAAGUAUGAUCAUAAUGAAUUAUUUUAUGGAAAUAAUAUGAUAUAUAAUAAUUCUUACAAUACUCAAAUGCAUAAUAACAAUAUGCAAGCAAAUUAUUCAGUACCGGUAGAUUUAUCUUGUAAUAAUUCGAUAUCAAACUUUAAUUCUACGAUGGUUGUAAAUAAUAACAAGGAUAAUAAUGAUAAUAUUAAUGGUAAUAAUAAUGAUAAUAUUAAUGGUAAUAGUAAUGAUAAUAUUAAUGGUAAUAAUAAUGAUAAUAUUAAUGGUAAUAAUAAUGAUAAUAUAAAUGGUAAUAAUAAUGAUAAUAUAAAUGGUAAUAAUAAUGAUAAUAUUAAUGGUAAUAAUAAUGAUAUUAUAAAUGGUAAUAAUAAUAAUGAUAACAAUAAUAAUAAUAAUAAUAGCUGCAAUGAUUAUAAUUAUAAUUAUAAUUGUAGUUAUAAUGAAAAUGGUUAUAAUAACAAUAAAAACAAAACCUUUUCUUUACAUCCCAAUUAUAUGUUCAACAAUAAUUCACACAAAUACGAUUAUAUGAGAAAUAACCUGCAUAAUAAAGAAAAUGUGAUAUCACAAAAUUAUCAUAGCUUGCCAACAUAUACAAGAACAUAUACAAACAAUAGAAAUAAAUUAAUGAAUAAUAUAAUAUCGAGUGAACAUAUUUCAUCCAAAUAUAAUGAUAUCAAAAAUAAAUCUUAUAAUAAUAAUAAUAAUAAUUUAAAUAUAUUAUCUAGAAAAUGUAAAACUAGUAGUAUGAAUUUACCACAACUAACAAAAGAAGAUCAAUUUAAUAAUCAAGAGGAAGAUUAUAAUUUUGAAAAAUCGAGUACUAAUAAUUCAGAAAUUAAUACAAAUACAGAAACCAAUAUGUAUAUGAAUAACUCAUUUAAUAUAACCAGCCAAACCGAAAAUUAUUAUACAUCAAAUUCUUUGCCUCUAAAUAAUUCAUUUCAUAAUAUGGGACCAAAAAUUAGUAAGGUCGAAACAAAUGAUUUCUUAGAAUGUAAAAGUAACUACACCUCAAGGUAUCACAACUGA